CCCGCUGUAGGAGCGUCUGUUGGGCUGGUGAGGCAGGGCAGCUCAUCCACCUGUGCCGCGGAUGCUGCAGCCGGAGCGGACCUGGCGUUACAUGGCGUAGUUUCUGCAUCGCUUACUUCUUGUCUCUCCUGAGGAUUUUAUUAUUAUUAUUAUUAUUAUUAUUAUUAUUAUUAUUAUUAUUAUUUUUACCUUUUGUCUUUCCUCCUCUGGCAUCUUUUCCCUCCUCUCCUCCCCGUAUGAUAGAGGCAUCUAAAGUUGUGAUGAUGCCUCAGCUCGGCGUUUGGGAUCUGUAACAGCCUCAUGUGCAAGGGUGAUAUCCUGUCAGUCUGUGAUUUAACGACACGGUCCUUUGGACGCGGAUAAAAACAUGGACUAAACCUUUGCUUCAACACAGUCAAUAUGGGAUUGACACAGCUAUUUCUGGUUCUUUGCUUAUUUUGCACCUCCUCAGUUGUAGGUUUUGGGGUUGACCCUGCCCUGCGCAUCAGCGUCUUUGACGAACUAACACUUGGAGACGGAGGCUUUGAUGGAGUUACUCAGGUCCAGGGCUUCCACAGCGAGUCUAGAGCGUUCCAUUUUCAAGGGACCUCAAGGGAAGUAAAAGCUCCUGCUACCAUUUCUAAACGGAUGGUCCAGAAGCUUAAAGGCAAGAAUGAGUUUACUGUGCUGGCGACCCUCAAGCAGGAUCAUCUCAACUCAGGAGUCAUUCUCUCCAUCCAUCAUUCUGAGCACAGGUUUCUGGAGCUUGAGAGCAGUGGCCAGCGCAGUGAGGUGCGUCUUCAUUACCGCACCAAAAGCCACCUGGACCACACUGAGGUGUUCCCCUAUAGCCUGGCCGACAACCAGUGGCACAAAGUCUCUGUGGCCGUCAGCGCCUCCCACGUCAUUUUACACGUCGACUGCAACAGGAUCUAUGAACGAGUGGUGGAUGCGCCAUUUAUGGACAUUCCUGAGGAUACUUCCUUCUGGCUCGGACAGAGAAACUCUGCUCACGGCUUCUUCAAGGGAGUGAUGCAGGAUGUAGAGAUCCUGGUGAUGCCGCAGGGAUACAUCUCACAGUGUCCAGAUCUGAACAGAACAUGUCCAACCUGCAACGACUUCCAUGGACUUGUGCAGAAAAUCAUGGAGCUGCAGGACAUCCUGGCGAAAACAUCAAGCAAGCUGUCCAGGGCCGAGGAGAAGAUGAACGGGCUGGACGGCUGCUAUUGUGAGAGAACCUGCAGCGUCAAGGGGGUCGUCUACAGGGAGGACGAGGGCUGGACAGAUGGCUGCAGGAACUGCACGUGCACGAACGGCACGGUGCAAUGCGAGGCCAUCUCCUGCCCUCCCCCUCAGUGCCCGGCAGGCACGGCUCCUGCCUACGUGAAGGGAGCCUGCUGCAAGGAGUGCCUGCCUGUCUGCUUGUUCGGUGGAAGAGAGUUGGUGGAGGGAGAUCAGAAGGCUGUGCGCGACUCUUCUGGCAGGUGCCUGCUGUUUGAAUGUCGGGAGCGAAGCAUGCAUCGAGUCGUCCCCACCGAUCCCUGUCCUGAACUCAGCUGCCCGGAGUCGGAGCAAGUCACUUUGAGCAGCAGAUGCUGUAAAGUCUGCAGAGGUCAUGACUUCUGCUCAGAGGGCCACGGCUGCAUGGAGCACUCCGACUGCGUGAACCUGGAGGCAGGAGACUGCUGCGUCUGUAAGGACGGCUUCCGCCCACUGCGCGAUGAUAACGCCUACUGUGAAGAUAUUGAUGAGUGUGCUGAAGGGAAACAUUACUGCAGAGAGAACACCAUGUGCGUUAACACCCCUGGUUCCUUCAUGUGCAUCUGCCACACGGGCUACAUCAGGAUCGACGACUACUCCUGCACAGAGCAUGACGAGUGUCUCAGCGGACUCCACAACUGCGAUGAGAACGCCCUGUGCUUCAACAUGGUCGGAGGCCACAGCUGCUCCUGCAAGCCGGGAUAUACGGGCAACGGGACCGUCUGCAAAGCAAUGUGUGACGGACUGUGCCAGAACGGAGGAUCCUGCGUUUCACCUAACAACUGUGUUUGCCAGCAAGGAUUUACGGGGGAGAGGUGUGAAACAGACAUUGACGAGUGUGCGGACGGCUUUGUUGAGUGCGAUAGUAAAUCCACUUGUGUCAACUUGCCCGGCUGGUACCACUGCGAGUGCCGCGACGGCUACCAUGACAACGGCUUGUUUUCCGCCAACGGGGAAUCGUGCGUAGAUAUUAACGAAUGCAAGACAGGGAGGAACACCUGCGCCAACGACACAGUGUGCUUCAACCUGGAGGGAGGCUACGACUGCCGGUGCCCCCACGGGCAUAACUGCACCGGCGACUGUAUCCAUGACAACAAGGUCAAGCACAGCGGGCAGAUAUGGGUGCUGGACAGCGACAGGUGCUCGGUGUGCUCCUGCCAGGCCGGCCAAGUGAUGUGCCGUCGAAUGGUGUGCGACUGCGACAACCCCAACGCCGACCUGUUCUGCUGCCCCGAGUGCGACCCCCGCCUGAGCAGCCAGUGCCUGCACCAGAACGGCCUGCUCACCUACGGCAGCGGCGACACAUGGGUGGAGAACUGCCAGCAGUGCCAGUGCCUGCAGGGGCAGGUGGACUGCUGGCCUCUGCCGUGCCCGCCCGUGGACUGCGAGUUCACCACGGUGCCGGAGGGCGAGUGCUGCCCCCGCUGUGUCACUGACCCCUGCCAGGCCGACACCAUCCGCAACGACAUCACCAAGACGUGCACGGACGAGCACAAUAUCUCACGCUUCAGCGGCUCCUCCUGGAUCAAACACGGCACAGAGUGCACCCUGUGCCAGUGCAAGAACGGACACAUCUGUUGCUCAGUGGACCCGAUGUGCCUUUAGUCCCUGGCAGAUCUGAAGGCACCUGUACAGAGUUCUCCAUGUACAAAGAAAAGAGAAAAAAAAGUAACACGGCCCCCUGUGUCUCCUCACCGUCCUCUUCACGGGGCCUGGGUCAAAUAGUGUUUGCACUGUUCGGCUUGGUUUUGACCUGCUGAGCCAGAUGAUUGGAGGUUACAAUUCAGGUCACAGAUAAUUGUACAUCUUUGACAUUCAGGUUUUGUCUCCUCUAAGUUUAUCUUUUUUUUUUUCUUUUUUUUUUCCAGUUUAAGGCUUUUAUUGUACGCUGCAUACAUCACCUCCACCCAUCUGGUACUUUGUGCACGUUAGGUGUUUAAAAGCAACCUGCGAACAGUCUGUGACCCGCACCUGUAUCCUCAGAUCCUUUAUACCAAAUGCCAAACAGACGACGGACUACAGGUUCCCUCUGACCCGUGUCGCGCCUGCCCAAAGCGAACCCUUUUGAGCGUCGCAGAUUACCCACUCCAAAGCAUCGCUACAUGAAUCUGUAAGAUAUUACUUAUUACUGGCAUGACUGUGCUUGAUGUCCGGACAUUUUUGCUGAUUUCUAUAAUAACAAUGAUUAUGAAAAUGAUACCUUAGAUAGAGUGAAAACCAUUAGCAUAAGGUUCUGUUGCCACUUUUAACAGUUGUCUGUAUGAUGUGGUGCUCUGUAGCAUUUUGUUUGAUUUGAUCUUUUUUUUUUUUUUGUAUUUCAUUUUUUCAAGCUUGUUACAGUGUUAUGGUGAAAUAAAGUAUUUCCAUUUCCAUUUAA